CAGCGCGGACCCCGCGGGGGUCUCCCCCCAAAAUCCGGCUGCUGCCGGGGAGAGGUGGGGCCGAGCAUCCCCCGCCCGCGGGUUCGCGCGUGUGUGUCUCGCCGUGCUGGGUGCGCGCAUCGCUCCGUCCCUGAGCGCGCCCGCGCUGGCGCUGUGUCUGCGUGUCUGUGUGUCUCCGUGUCCCUGCGUGUGCCCGUGCGUGUCUGCGUGUGCCCCUCCGUGUCACCCCGUGUGCUCGUGCCCCUCCCCGUCCCCCCGGUGUGUGUGCGUGUGUGUGCAGAGCCGCGCAGCCCCGCGGUGCCCCCCGGCUCCGCGGGAGGAGCCGCUCCGGGAGCUGCGGCCGCCCCGAGGCGCAACAGGCGGAUGGCGGCGGGCGGCGGGCGCUGAAGGCGAGCGGGGCGAGGCGGAGGGAGCGGACCGGGCGGGAUGCGGGCGGAGGAGCCGCUGGCGCUGGCGGCCCCGCGGGCGGGCGAGGCGGAGGCGGAGGCGCCGGGCGAGGAGCGGAGCGCCGGCGGCGGCAGCUGCUGCAGCAGCGAGCGGCUGGUGAUCAACAUCUCCGGGCUGCGGUUCGAGACGCAGCUGCGGACCCUCUCCAUCUUCCCCGACACGCUGCUGGGCGACCCCAGCCGCCGGGUGCGCUACUUCGACCCGCUCCGCAACGAGUACUUCUUCGACCGCAACCGGCCCAGCUUCGACGCCAUCCUCUACUAUUACCAGUCCGGGGGGCGGCUCCGCCGGCCGGUCCAUGUGCCUCUCGACAUCUUCCUGGAGGAGAUCCGCUUCUACCAGCUGGGCCAGGAGGCCAUCGAAACCUUCCGGGAGGACGAGGGUUUCAUCCAAGAGGAGGAGAAGCCCCUGCCCCAGCACCACUUCCAGCGUCAGGUCUGGCUGCUCUUUGAGUACCCCGAGAGCUCUGGGCCGGCCCGCGCCAUCGCCAUCGUCUCCGUGCUGGUCAUCCUCAUCUCCAUCGUCAUCUUCUGCCUGGAGACCCUGCCGGAGUUCCGCCAGGAGCCCAAGGGCGCCCAGCCUGGCUUCGGGGAGACAGCACCGCUCGGCGACGAGGCGCUGCUGCUGCCGCCGCCGCCGCCCCCGAGCGGGACCCCGCCGCCCCUGCGCCCUGCCGCCGGCGCCGGCCCCUUCUUCACGGACCCCUUCUUCCUCAUCGAGACCCUGUGCAUCAUCUGGUUCUCCUUUGAGCUCCUCGUGCGCUUCUUCGCCUGCCCCAGCAAGCCCGAGUUCUCCCGCAACAUCAUGAACAUCAUCGACAUCGUGGCCAUCAUCCCCUACUUCAUUACCCUGGGCACCGAGCUGGCCCAGCAGCAGCAGCAGAAGCAACAAUCUGGGGGCAGCAGCAACAACGGGGGCCAGCAGCAAGCCAUGUCCCUGGCCAUACUCAGGGUCAUCCGUCUGGUCAGAGUCUUCAGGAUCUUCAAGCUCUCCAGGCACUCCAAGGGGCUUCAGAUCUUAGGGAAGACUCUCCAGGCCAGCAUGAGGGAGCUGGGCCUCCUCAUCUUCUUCCUCUUCAUCGGGGUGAUCCUCUUCUCCAGCGCUGUCUACUUUGCAGAGACUGAUGACCCUGACUCCCUGUUCACCAGCAUCCCUGAUGCUUUUUGGUGGGCAGUGGUGUCCAUGACCACCGUGGGCUACGGGGACAUGUAUCCCAUGACCAUUGGUGGCAAGAUUGUGGGCUCCUUGUGUGCCAUUGCAGGUGUGCUCACCAUCGCCCUCCCUGUCCCUGUCAUUGUGUCCAACUUCAACUACUUCUACCACCGAGAGACUGAUCAUGAGGAGCAGUGCCAGUACACCCACGUCACCUGUGGCCAGCAACAGUCACCUUUCUUUGAGCCUAAGAAGGGGGACAGUAAUCAGUCUCUCAGCAAAUCUGAAUUCCUGGAAGCAGAAGACCUGGAGUCCAUGAAAUACUCCAACUUCAUUCCUCCCAGUAACCAGGGUUUUAAAGAGAAGAAGAUGCUGACAGAGGUGUGAUCAGUUAUGUUCUCCUGAGUCCAGACAUGGAGCUGCGAGCUGCUGUACAGCCGCCUUCCUACAAGCAGCUGGAUCUAUUCAGCAUUUACAUGCCAGACUGUGAAUUGUGAUACCGUAAACAGAAUGAUUGUGAUAAUGGGCUCUUCUGUCCUGAUUUGCUGUUUCUCAUUACUGUGUGAGGCCAGAAGUGUUCUUGCUUUAUUCCGUGGAGUGCUAGCUGUCAUCCCUACUCCCCUGUGAAUUUCUUUCUCUGCUUUUGAAGACUGCUUUUAACCCAACAUUUGCUCUGAAACCAAGCAUUGUUACUCCACUGGCAGAGAAGCCCUUGCCACUACUUCGGCUGAAGGAUUCCGCAGAGUGAACAGUUAAAGGGGCCGCAAACAUCUGGCUCAAGCUGUGCCCUUGGUUCCUGUGCCGGCGCGGUGCCCUUGGCCGUGGGAUCGGUCACGCCUGCCAUGCCAUUGCCUUUGAAUAAUGGAAACGCUGCAGCCAGGAGCACAGCGAGCUCUGCAGCUGUAGGGGAGAGUCAGCAAGCAGAUGCCUGCCUUCUUUGCAACCCUUGGCACGCUAAAGAUCCUCUUUUUGGUUUCUGUUUCAAGAAAAAAAAAAAAAAGGUGCAUAGAUCUGAAGGCUCUUUUGCUGCUUGUCACCGUAUAUACCAUGUAUCAAAAACAGGCUUGUAGCAGUCAACAGUAUUGGUGAUGAUUCUCUGUAUUUUGAGCUUAUCUCAGCCUUAUUUAUGCCAGUGCCCUGAUGUGAAUUGGCCUUUGUAGUACCAACUUAAUCUUCAUAGUGGUAAGUGCCUUCUGAUGCAAGGCGCAUUUGAGUAAAUUCAUUUGUUAUCUCCACACAAUAGCGUUUAAUAAGAUGUACUUUAUGCCUCAGAUACCCAGCUCUGUAUUUGGGCAUGUGAGAGCAGUUGACUCCACUGCUUUUUUUCAUCGAGCAUUCGUACAGCUGAGGGAAGUUUGCAUGGUAGUAUUUUGUUGACAAGGCUGAAAAAUUCUGACCACAGGCAGCUGCACCUGUGCUGUGGGAGGAUCUCAAUGGUUUAAUGACUCACAGGCAUAAAUUGCCUCAGGGUAAGUGUGUUAACAUUUGAGACUGUGGUUACAAACUUCCCUAAGCUAUCUGCACAAACCCAACGGUUUCAAAUAAGGGGAGAAGCAACCAGCCUUGAAGGGAUGCUUUUGCUGUAUGACUGAUCCAGCCAGUGUUUGGUGUUCCAUGGAUAGAAGGGACAGCAGCGUUUUUUGCACUGGGUUUUAUGACAGCAGUGUAUGCCAGCAAUGCAAGAUAUGCAUAGCUUGGCCUGCAGUGCCAGGUUUGCCAAGGGACCAGAGAUUUGUGUCUUAAGAUGCACAUUUUGCUUCUGAGAUCAUUGAAUUAGUUUCAGUCAGCUCUGCCUUACAUCUAACUUUAAAAUGUUUCAACUGCUGCCAGCAGGUGAAAAGGGGGAAUGGAUGCUUUCAGAUUCUACUGGCAAAUUAUUCUGCAAGGAAAAGCCUUUCUUGUUUUAAAUCUAAGUGUAUACUUUGCAUUCACAUGUCUGCAUGUGUAUGAAAGCAAAGGCAGCCGUUAAUGCCUUGCAUGACCUUGUAUGAUAUGCAUAUUAGAAUGUACUACAUAUUGCAUGUGACGCAUGGAACGCAUAAACCAGACAUAAUAUCCAUGUGCAAAAUACAUAGAAUGCAUUUUAUGUAUAUAUAAUGCUUUUCAACCAUAAGACUAAGAAUGCUAAAGGCAUAUCAUAGAAUCGUAGAAUGGCCUGGGUUGGGAGGGACCUAAAAGAUCAUCUGGUUCCAACCCUUCUGCUGUGGACAGGGACACCUUCCACUAGAUCAGGUUGCUCAGAGCUCCAUCCAUAUACUUUAAUAUAGUUAGAACUGGCUGUGAGAAGGGAUCUGUUUGCAUCUUCAUUACCCUGCCUGUUUUCAGUCAUCUUGAGGUAUGGCUCCAUGCCUGGAGUGCUUUUACUGUGGCCUCUCCUCAUCUGGGCCCUGGUCAUAUGGUAGAAGUUGUUUGUGCAAAUCCUGACUCUGCUCCAUUUCUCCAGAGCCCUGUUAUCCUCUCCAAGGUUUUUAGCAUGCGGGGAUCUCCCGUGGGGUCAGCACACAACCUUGUAUUAAAAUCUCUGUUCUCUCUCUCUCUGAAAUCGGGAGGAAAAUGGCACUUGUGUCAGUCUGGGAGAUACAGGCAUGGUGUGGUGAAGGCUCGUAGCUCAGAGGAGUGUGCCUGAAUAAUGUAUAAUUUCUCUUUGCUUCCUUGGGAUUGAGGCAAAGGUUUGUGGAGCUCUGGGCCUUGGGAGCCAUUCUGCAUCCCUCGAAGAGUGUAAUCAGCUGGUGGGUAAGUUGUCCUGGUGAAUUAGUGGGACUGAGGAAGGAUCAGCAUGGUGGCAUCUCUGUUGAUUUUGUCUAAAAGGACCCAAGUCCAGGUCAUUGAGUUUAUUGAGUAAAAAUCUGGUGGUGUUGUUAGUUGUGUUUCAGAGUCACUACAAUGAAAUCUUUACUGUGAGGGCAAGAGAGGGACUUCCCUUCGAAUUUCAUGUUGCUGGAAACCAGCAAAAGAACCUGCUGUUUAAGAGGAAUGUUUCAAGGCUGCUGCCCUAUCCUAGCAGAAUGCCCAUGUUUGGGGAUAUUUUAUGCCUGAGUAUAUCAGCUGAUAGAAGUUUCCCCGAAGUAAGAUAUAAAAAACUCAGGUUAAAACAUAAGUUCAGGAGGAGUCAUGAGACGCGUGCUGAGCCUGUGUCAGAAAAUUCCUGUGCUCGUUUCUUCCCGUCAGCCUGGCCCCGUUGCCCCUGCCAGGCAGGAGCCCUCCCUGCUCAGAACAGGUUGUUCUCCUGACCAACUUGACAGACAUCUGGCCAUGGAGACUCCGGCAAAAAAAGAGAUUUCCUGUUCUCUGGUGAAAUUCAGCAGUGAGUUUCUAGUGGGUUUCAAAAGUCUUCAUACAGACGAGGGGCAUGCAUACCCAAGGUGCGAAGGAAUUCUGUUGUAAACAGGCAGCUUUGAGCAGAUUUUGUCAUCCACAUUUUUAAUUUUUCAAAAGAAAGUGCAUGUAAAAAUGUGCAAAGCAGGAGUGGUGUUUGUUUCCUGGAUUUUCUGUGUUAGAGCGAAGAGAAAUGCAAAAAGCUAACAGAAGUGUGGAAAUUGUAACCUUGGGAGUCAUUUGGGCAUGUAAAUCCUUCUCUAAGCACCUCCUGAACUGCAGUGAAGUCCCAGAGUCAUCAGUAAUCCCAUAUAUUAUAGAGCUUGUGGAAUUUGAUAUUUUUAUUAAGGUUUUGUGGGGGUUUUUUUGUGACCGAAGUGACAUAGUGGCACCUGUGCCAUCGACUUUACAGAGGUCUCAUUGUCACCAAAUCACAGAAAGGCUUUCAAGAAUUUUACCUCAAGUUCUCAGCCCAUAGCACUCACCCCUGAAUGUUCAAAAUGCAAAUCUGUCUUGUUCCUUCUGAAGCUAUUUCCUUCUGAAGGUAGAGCACAUCCUUGUGAAGCCAAGUAGGCACCUCCAGGGAGUUGUUUCCAUAACAACCUCCCGGACUGUUUCUCUCUACGCUGUGACUGUGGCUACAAGCAAAAGCCCUCGUUGGAUAUUUUGUUUUCAGAUAUUAGCACCUCAUCUUCACAGAGGUUUUCCUUGCUUCCUGAAGAUGAUCCCAUCACCUUGUAUCAUGUACAACUUUUCCUGUCCAACUUCAGAAGGACAGUUACCAGCCUUUGAGAGAAGGGAGUGCAAACCUGGAGAUGGGAAGAGAUUUAACUUGUACACAGAGGGGUGGAGAGUGUGUGAAGGGACAAUCUGAGCACUCAGUCAAGGAGCUGAGGGACAACUGGCCUGUGGAUGUAGAGUCAUCUGGGUGCCCAGUGACAGGGCUAAAGCAUCACAUGAAAAGACCAGAAAUUCCUCUUUCAACAGUCUCACUAGGAAAUAGUUUUGCAGUGGAAAAGACUAUUGUUCCUUCCUUAUCCCUUGGCUGGUUUGUGACAAUCAGCUCCCCAGAGAAUUUUCCCACAGGAUGUUUUGCACCAAAGCAGGACAGGGCAGAAAUCAUCUCCUUGGAGGUGGGGAAGGAAGAAAAAGAAUUCUAUUGAAGACACAAUUUUUUAAUUCACUUAAAGGACUGUAAGUGUGAAAGGCAUGAAAACCUGUUUUAUGAUAUUUCAAGGUCUGCAUUACCAGUAGAUUCCUGCACUUCCUUCCAAGAUGAAAUUCCUAUUCUGCUCCUGUGUGGAAAAUGUUGGAAUUCAGGAUUUCUGAGCAAUUUUCUGUUUGGCCCUUUUCUUUCAUGGAUAAAAACUCACUGCUACAGCAGCCAUGGGGGUGAAGGUGACUGGACUUGGUGUUCUCUCCUUGGCCCUCUCUUUCAGUGUACAGAGAUCUCUAUGGAGAUAAAGAAGAGUGAGUAUAAAGGAAAUUCAGGGCAGUAAGAGAGAGGGUAAGGACUGAAGUGUCUUCAGUACAGUGAUGGAAAGAACAGCAUCAGCCUGGAAAGCAGAGGAAUAAACAGCUCCAGCAUCAGCUGCUGUAGCUAAAAUAGGUCCUGUUUACACCAGGGAAGCAUCUGCAGAUUACAGCAGGAGUUAACCACAGCUUUCCCAAAAGUGCUCAUCUGACUUGAGUCCAAGCUGGAUUCUGGAUGCUGCAAGGCUGUCAUGUCAGGAUGCUGCAAAAGAGGUGGUUGCAUCUUCUUACUGUAGAGUUGGUGACGUUUCCCUGUGUGCAGGGAAUCCGACCUUUAUGGACAGGAAACUGUUUUCCUUGCUUUGGGAUUUUCUUGGUCCUGUUGAUUUUAAAGGGGUCAACACUCUCAGUUCAAAGAAACUGAAACUAGAUGUGAACAGGGAUUGGAGGAAGGAGGCAGGGAGAAUCCCCUACAAGAUUCAAAUGUGUCUUAUUUCUGGGAAAACCAAGUAAAACAGGAUUCAACUGCAGCAAUUUAUGAGCUGUUCAUCAAAAACCCCAGACAAGCACUGAGUUCUGUGGGAAGCUGGAAAUGACACAGGACAUCUCCAAAAGACUGUUGUUGAAACUUCCUUUAAACUUUUUUUUCAAGUGGAAGAUCCAGACCUGGCAAAUGGGUAAGGUCAUCCCUUAGAAGAGCUCUCUCCAGAGAAUUGAACAAGUCACCGAAGUCUGUCCGUUUGUCUGCCUGUCUUUUGGCCUCGGGUUACUGUGCUUUUUAAAACUGUGAUUUCAUAGCUCAGAUAAAAGGUAGGUAUUUCACAUAGCUCUACAGGUAGCAAUCAUCCUGUUCAUGCAAAGUAUCUGCUGUGUAAGGGGUAGGCCCAAACUAGAGGUGUUUCUCAUUUACCUACAAAGCGUCUUGCCUAGUGUAUGUACAGUCAGUUCUUGUGAACAUGUGAGUCCAUUGCCUGCUCUAAAGGAGUUAGUGACUUAGUUUUAGUGGUCAUAGAGAUUUUCACCAAAAUAGCGCUGUUUGUGGUAGUCUUUUGUGUGAUUUAGAAGACACAAUAGCCAGACAGUUCUGAAAUUAUGAUAUAAUUGUACUCAGCAUUCCCAGAAAAUGCUCUGAAGUUUUCUCCUGUUGCACCAUUGUGAUAAGAACCUCUGUUGCUUUUCAAGCUCCACAAGUCCAUGCUGUGCUGUGCCGAAACUGCUUGAAAACCCAAUUAGGAUUGAAAAGGGAAGGGCAGAGAGGGAUGCUAUGGCCUGGAAUUCCCUCCCUUUGGCAGUGGCAAAGGUCAGUCAUGCAGCCAAAUUUCCAUAACCACAUGUGGAUCCACCCUGUGUGUGUUGCCAGUUCUCUGCACAGGAGAGUGGGAGGAUGGGUAGAAAGACUUGAUUCUGGAAGGGGAGAGACUGAGAAGAGUGGACUAAGCAGGAUGACUGGGAUUUUCAGAAGUUAGUCUGAUGGAUGCUGGGCACUGAGUUCCCUAGAACUAUUUAUCAAUAACACCCUCUCUAUUUUCAUGAGUGGCAUUUAGCCUGUCUGGCAGUUUUCACAGUCAGUGUGUGAGGGAAAAGAGGUAGAAGGCAGUUCACUCUGCUUUGGCAGCUGUAACAGGCUGGGCUGUAAUACCUGAGGGUCUGAACUCUGAUAAGCUGUGACAUCCUGACUACCUGUCAGGUUCACAGAGGCUUAUAAAGGAAACCCUGAGCUACCAGAUUGAAAGUUGCUUCUGGAGCAGGUCUUCUGAGUAGUCCUGAGCGUGGAUGUGAGGCUGUGGUCCUUAGGCAAUGUGUGCUCCAUGUUCCCAAGAGACCUACUCUAUGCAGGCCAGCUUGCACUGUGGGACUUCUCUGAGUCUCUGUGUAUCCUGAUCUUGCCAUGUGGCUGACAGUGAGUGACCAGAGCUGCCAUGGACAGCAAAGGCAGUUGUCUUCAGAGUCAGCCUAGGUGCAGGCUGCCUUUGGAAAAGCAUAACUAUCCUGCAGAAGCCCAUAGAUACCCUUCAGACACACGGCACACCGGUCAGAGACUUUAGACCAUGCUGUGUGCCCACACAAUCAGCAGGGAUGAUAGUUACAGGACUGCUUUGCUUUUGCUGUGAGACCUGGUUCUGAUGCAUUAUUUCAAGGAAGACAGUUGGAAUUUGCAGGCCAGACCAUGUGGUGAAAUAAGUAAUUCCAGCUCCCUUAUUGGAGCGGCUUGAUAGAAAUCUGGUUCAACAUUUCUGAGAAAUUGUUGAUGGUGGGGUUUUUUUGUUUGUUUCAAUAAAAACCUGAAGCCUUUCCAAUAGAGAACGUGAGGUAUAGAGAAUUUUUUGAUGGAGCACAUGCUUCAGGCUGUUUGCUGGAUUCAGGCUUUGAGAAUCCAAGUUCUUUGUAGGCAGUCCCACAUACAGUGGGAGAAGAGGUUAUUAGGCUUGGAAGUUGACCAGGGAGAUGGGACUCAACUGAGCUUUGAAAAGCAAUCAUUGUCCUUAUUGAUGGUGCCAUAAUAUGUGCUUGACUUAAACCCAACCUUGCACAGGCAAGAACCUUUUAAGUCAUGUGAUUAGAUAUCUGUGGUUGUUCCUACCAGUGUGAUCCAGUGUUGAGUAGGCUAGAACAUAUGAAUAAAAUCCGUAUUUUUUAAA